AUGAGGCCGUCCAACAAGGACAGGCUGUACAUCGCACUAUAUGCCAGGGGUGGAGAUAGCAUCAUGUCCGGCGGCGAGGACAAAUACCACUGGGCCCUCCUCGUCGGCCCAAAACACGAAGACAGCAACUCAAAGGGCAAGCGCUUCCACGUCAAGGAGACCAUGACCACCGUCGACGGCCGCACGCAGAGCCGCUGGGUGUUCGAGGAGCGCGACAUUGGCAUGAACCCGACCGCCAUGAUCCUGGUGCGGGUCAUCAUCGGAAAGGUGGCCAACCUCGAGAGGGUCGCCUCGUUGCUGCGCGACGUGCCCGUCCGCGACAACCAGUCCGGGUGGAACUGCGUGUGGUGGCUGCGCGAGGCGCUCGAGAUGCUGCGCGCGGACGGCAAGGCGCUGGGCCGCUCGUCCUCUGUCGCGUGGGAGGAGGCGGGCGAGGCGGCGAUGGGGUUCGUCAGGAGGAAGGAGCGCGAGCACCGCUUUGAUGGGAGGGCGGCGCCCGGGUGGUUUGAUAUGAACCGCGUGGCAACUUACGACUUGCUGCGUGGGGAGGAGGUCGUUGCUUGA